AUGCAGACGGACACCAGCCAGCGACGCACCGCCCUGCAGCUGCGCCAAGAGCAGGGGCUAUUGCAUUCAGGCUCGCAUGGACAGGCCAAGUCUGGUUCGCAAUCCAUUUAUAAGGUGCAGCAGCAGCAGCAAAAAGCUACGCUCCGUGGACGUGCGCAGGCGCAGGUGCUGGUGCAGAGGGGCAGCGGCGGGCUGCCGCCGCUCCACCCGACCCAGCAGCAGCAGCAGCAGCAGCAGCAGCAGCCGCAACGCCCCGCUCACGUCAAAAUCUCUCCAACCAGCCUGCCGCCCCUGGUGGACGGCGAUGUCAAGGGCGAGCUCUCAGUGGCCCUGAAAAACCUCGAAUGGCUCUCGCCCCGCGGCGCCCCCCGCGCCGUCCAGCUGCGCGUCAAGUGGUGGGGCGAGCCGGGCGCCGGCACCGUCGUGCCGCUCCACCCAGAACGCGGCGCGGGCGCCGCGUUCCCGGUCUGCUGCGGCCCAAAGUUCCUCAUCCGCUACCUCCGCGACGCCGGCAGCCUCGUCCUCGCCCUCGAGGAGUGCCCCUCCGGCCGCCGCGUCGGCGCCGCAUCGCUCCCGCUCGCCGCCGCGCACGCGUCGGCGCCGCUCGCGGCGACGCUGCCGGUCCUGGGCGGCCGCGAGCAGGUGCUGGGCCGAGCGGACGUGCAGCUGCAGGUGCGCUACAGCGGGGCGCUUUCAUCGUUUGAGAUGAACGAGCACCUGGCCAGCACGGAGCGCGGGCUGCCGCUGUACCCGCCGCCGGCGGGCGGGGCGCCGGCGGCAGCUGGGGCCGCAGCAGCGGCAGCUGGGGCCGCAGCGCGGCGGGGCUUGAGGGUGGCAUCGACCGCGCCUGCGGGCGCUGCUGCCGGGCUGGGCCAGCAGCUUGAGGACAAGGAGAAUGUUGAGGAGGGGGUGGCGGCAGCGGAGGGCGGCAGCGCCGCGCAGCUGCAGGAGGCGCUGGCGGACGAGCCUGUCGUAGCGGAAGUCUCCUUGCAGCCCAAGCUCGAGAGCACGCAGCAGCAGCAGCAGCAGCAGCAGCAGCAGCAGCAGCAGCAGCAGAAGGCAGGCGAAUCCGACCAUGACGGUGGCGAUCCCAUCGCCGCUAUCAUCGCCAAGGCGGAACGCCUCAAGGCUGCAAUGGACGAGGCGGUGGCGCAGGGGCUCGGUGCUGCUCUGGGGCUGGAUGUGCCGCCCCCGCAGGCAGCAUUUGCUGUCUCGACCGCUGCUAACCCAGCAGCUCUGGCAACAGGGACUGCGCAGACGCCGCCGCGUCAGCAGCAGGAGCCGGCGUGGCGCCGCCUGGUGCAGAUGGCAGGGGACUUGGGUACGCCCACCAGCCCGGGACCCCGCCAGCCGCCGCGGGCGCCGCCGCCCGCCCUGUCCCCUGCUGCAGCGGCCGCUGCUGGAAGCGUGGCUGCGGGAACGCCGCUUCUGGGAGUGGCAGGCUGCGAGGAGGAGGGCUCCAGCAGCGGCGCCAGCAGCAGCUGUGGCAGCUACAGCAGCGGGCUCUCAGAUCUCGAUGAGAUUGAGGAGAUCGAAGAUCUGCUCCUCAGGGAGCUUUUCUUCCCGCCCAAAAAGGCGAAAAGGCGAGCAGCACUGGCCGGCGGGGCCGCCCCAGAUGCUGAGGCGAGCGGCGCGCAGCAGGGGGAUCAUGGCCACGACGGAAAGGAGCGCGGGGCAGGAGAGAGCAAUGCUCCUGCAGGCCAGCCUGCGAAGCAAGCAGGCGGGUCCAGCAUGCAGCAGCAGCAACAGCGCAAGGCGGCGCCCCCAGGCCCACCCCUCGUCGUGACGCUGCUGGGAGCCAGCGGUGUGCUAGGCCCAGACGGUGCCCCAGCCUGCCGCCUCACGGCUCGCGUGCGCGCCGGCGCGGCGGCCGCUGAGGUGGAUCUGCCGUGGCAGCGGGGCGGCGAUGGGGACGCCGGUGCUGGUGGCGGCAGCGGCGGCAACAGGAGCAGCAGCGACCACGUCUGCGGUCUGGUGGAGGUCGAGUUGGAGGGCCCCGCCUCGCUGCUGCACGAGGCGAGGCUUGCCACAGACAGGCCGAUUGUCGCCAUCGAGCUGUGGGGCGCGUCCACGCCCGCCCGGGCCGGGGCCGAUGCGGGCGCUCGCUCCAGCGAGUGCAGGCGGCUGCUGGGCAUCGCGCGGGUUCCCCUCGAUGGAGCCACACAGCGCGGCGGCGACGGCGCCGGCAGCGGCGGCGCAGGUAGUGCAGAGGCGGCGGCUGCGGCGGCGGGCAGGAGCCCGCUGCAGCUGGACAGCCCGCGGCUGCUGGCGUCCGGCAGUUUUGCGGUGUGGGACCUGCUGGGCGGCCGGCAGAACGGCAGCCUGCAGCUGGCGGCCACCCUGCUGCCGCCUGCGGCGCCACCCAUGCAGCCUUCGCAGCAGCCAGACUCACACGCUUCGUUGGAUUUCAAUGCUGGGGAGCAACAGCAGCAGCCGCAGCAGCAGCAGCAGCAGCAGCAGCAGCAGCAGCAGCAGCAGGGGCAGGGGCAGGGGCAGGGGCAGGGACAGGGGCAGGGACAGGGGCAGCCCGAUGUGAUGCAGGACCUGGGUGUGGAUGCAGCGCCGGAGCAGGAAGAGCAGGCAGCGCAACCCAACUGCCGCCCCGCGCCGCUCAUCGGCGUGCUGCAUCACUUUGACGUGUCCAUCCACAGCGCCAGCGGCCUGCCGGGGCCGCGGGAGCUGCGCGCCGCGGGGCAGGCCGCGCCCGAGUUCCGUUUCGCGGGCUACUGCUUCCCAGGCGACCCAGAGGCCCUCUACACCGGGCUCGUCCCGUGCGCCAGCGGCGACGAUGGCGGCGCCUCCACGACCGUGUUUGGCGCCAGCGCACGCCACACCAUCCUUCUGCCGCCCUGCGCCAGUGUGGCGGAGCACCUGUGCGGGGAUGGAGGUGGAGGUGCAGGCACAAUUGAAAGCGCAGGCGUUGCGCUGCUGGUGUUCCAGGUGUUUGACAAAUGGGAGGACGACAGUGACGCCAUGGUAGCUUCCUGCCAGCUGCCCCUGGCCGACCUCGCCGCGCUCGCCGCCGUGGACAGCCCCGUUGCGCCAGACUGCAGUGCGGCGCGCCAGGCCUUUCUGCUGCCGUUGCAGCUAGACCCGUCCUCUGGCGAGGCGCGCGCCGCGGCCGCCGCGUCAUCGCUGGCUGCGGCGGGGCCGGGGCUGGCGCCGCUGCUGCAGGUGCACGUCUGCUACAGCGCGGAGAGCUGCUUUUCUGUUGACUCGGGUGAUGCUGGCGAAGGAGGCGGUGACCAGGAUGGUGCAGAUGGUGCGCAUCUAGAGCAAGGCGCGCCGGGCAACGCCGACACCCAGGGCAGCAGCGGAAGCGCGCCGGCCGGCGUCCCACAGUGCCCCGCCGGCAGCCCGGGGGUCGAUGGGUCCAAAGCUCUCGACGGCGACCCCAGCGGCGGAGGCGCCACGGGCGCGGCGGCGGCGGACCUAGCCAGCUGUGGCGGCGGCCAAAGCGCCGCCCGCGCCGCCGGGGAUCUGCCGGCGGUGGGACCGGGUGGUGCGACCGCGGCGGAGCCAGGGGCUGAGCUCGUCAUCGAGAUCAUCAGGGCAUGUGGACUGCAGGCCGCGGUCAAGGAGGCGCAAGCUUGGCUUGGCGGCGACGGCGGCCUCCUCGGCCGCGCCCACCAAUCUGGGCCGCACCCGUUUGCUACGAUCGAUCUGGGGCUGUCGGGCAGUGAGAAGCUGCUGCUGAAGACCCCCGUCAAGUUUGGCUUCCGCCACCUCGUGCCCCUCACCCUUGACGCCGAGACCCUGACUGCGCUCGCGUCGCGCGAGGCGCGGGUGGAGGUGUGGCACCAAGCGCCCCGCUCCCAGGCGGUCGCCGCCGCGCUCGCCGGCGGCAGGCCGGCGCCCGUCGGCGCCCCUGACGGCGCGGACGCGGCGGCCGGCAGCGGCGCGGGGGCAGUGGCGGCGCGGCAGAGCGUGCUCCUUGGCGGCGCGUCGAUCGCGCUGGCGCCGCUGCUGAUGAGGCCGCAGGGGAUCAGCGGCAGCUGGCUGCUGCUCAGGUCGCGCCGCGGCGACCCAGUGGGCGCAGUCCAGGUGUCCCUCUGCUUUGCGCGCAUCGGUGGCCGCCCCCACGACACCAGCAUCACAGCCAAAUGCCCUCUUGAGAGGUGA